GAGUGAAGAAUGUAUUUCAGACCAAAGACAUGGAGUUUGUGAAUGUCUCGCUGCCCUGGAUGCCUGAAUGCCAUGCUAUGAUCCCUAAGAUGGUGGAGAAACAGAUUCAAACAGAGCAGGAGGCAGCUCUGCGUCACGACACCAAGACUCCUCGCUAUCUCCACAUCGCCAGUAACAAGACCAACCGCUGGGGUCACCAGCGCUCCUACAGGCUGCAGGUGUUCAGCUUUACAGGAGACCACCUCCCGGAGAGCCAGGCCGAGGAGAGGGCCAUGUCCUGGGCCAGGUAUAAGGUCGCCAUCACAAAGCAGAAGGACCUGGAGCAGAGCAGCGGCAGUCUGUACAAUCAGCAUGACGUCUGGUCUCCAGCUGUCGACUUUAGCAAAUACAUUGAAGACAACGAAACCAUUGAAGACCAGGACCUAGUUGCCUGGGUGACCACCGGCUUCCUUCACAUCCCCCACGCCGAGGACAUCCCCAACACGGUAACCGUGGGAAAUGGGGGCGGGGUCCUGCUGCGGCCUCACAACUAUUUUGACGAGGACCCGUCCAUCCACUCUGCUGACGGGGUGUACAUUGCACCGGGCAGCAAGAUCAGCUGUGACAACAACAGGAUGGCAUGCCUUGCUCAAGAGACCUGUAGCCCCGUGGGUGGCAAUAUCAACAGUUUCUCUGAGCUGGCCGUGUCAUCCAUGCAGAGUGUGUCCAGCUCUCACAGCCUCGCCCUCAUCUUUGUCGCUGGCCUGGCUCUCGGAAGCAUCAUCACCUGGAGACUAACCGCAAGGCCCUGA